CAAGAUGGCGGACGCACAGCAGAGAACAGAAGCAAACGAAAUAGCUGAAUUUCUAAGCGAAUUUUUGUUAAGUGCUGAAGUUUCCAACGCUUAUACGUUAGAUGAGUUCAAAGAAUUGUUUCCUUUGAAGUUCAGAGAUCAUGAAGAUGUGAAGCAGUUGUACAAAGCUUUUCAAUCAAAAAGAAAGAAACUUAAAGCAGUGAUAAAAAGGAACAUCGCAAGACAUUGUUCAGCAGCCAAUAUGAUGUCUCUACACCUUUCUCACGAGCAGUAUCAUCAUCUACAGAACAACUCUUCUGUUCCUGGAAGCAAUGAGGAGUCUUCAGAUAAUGAACAGCAACAUCUUAAAGAGAAAUUACUUUCUGUAAGGAAAGAUUGCAAGGCAGCAGAAAACCAGUUUAUGAGAUGCGAAAAGCAGUUGAGUGAUUUUGACAUAUUUCAAGGUUUAAAUAAUAAAGACUUCAAUGUACAUACAUUACAGCUUUUACGGGAAAAGCUUGAAAAGCCUGAUUUAACAGAAGCCUAAAAUUCUAUAUAACUUAGUUUAUCCUUUUCUACUCUUCUUCUGGCUAUGAAGUAAGUGUUUUUUGAUCUAUUUUAAUGAUGGC